AUGUCUUCCAACAGACUGGCCUGCAACUACGGCAGCUACUCGCCCUGUGAUGUGAGCUGCCCCGCACCGUACGCAAACGCCUGGAGCCAGCCCUGCGUCACCUCCUGCGGGGACUCCCGUGCCGUGGUCUACCCACCACCCGUGGCCAUCGUCUUCCCAGGCCCCAUCCUCAGCUCCUGCCCUCAGGAGAGCUUUGUGGGCUCCUCAGCCCCACUGGGGCUGGGCAGCUCCUUUGGCUAUGGGAACUCCCUGGAUGCCCAGAGCUCCUCCGGGUCCAGCAUCUCACAGGGUGGCAGGUACUCCUACCCCUGCUAUUCCCGCAGCUACGGGAUAUACCGCCCUGCUAAGCCCAGCAAGGUUUCCCCGAAUGGCCAGACCCAGCAGGAACAAGAGCAAUUUCGCAACCUGUGA